CCCUGCAGCUGGAGAGAGAACAGCGAGACCAGCCUACUGUCCUCCUGUUAAGAGACACGCAGCUUUGAGACUACUGACAUGGAUCUGGUUGUGAAUAAAGUGGACCUCCACUGUGAGGCCAAUAACUCCGCCCACCGGACCAAUGACAUCAGCAAGCAGCGCCUGAUCGUGCGGAGGGGGCAGUCCUUCCUGUUGACCCUCAGGCUGCCCCGCCCCUUCAACCCUGCCUCCGACACGCUCCUGAUCACCGCGGAGACGGGCCUCCAGGCUUCAGAGUCUCUCGGCACCCGGUCAGUGUUUAGUUUCCCCAACAGCAAAACGGGGAAAGCGGCGUGGGGGGCCGAGCUCGACCCGAACUCAGUGCUGUUGGCAGGAAGUGUGACCCUGGCCGUGACCCCUCCAGCGGACGCCCCCGUGGGUCAGUACUCCCUGUUUGUGAAGACCAAGGAGGGGGAGCCGAACGGGGCCAGCGUGGGAAGCCUGCUGAUGCUGUUCAACCCCUGGUGUAAAGAUGACUGGGUCUACCUGGGUGUGGAGGAAGAGAGGCAGGAGUAUGUUAUGAAAGAGCAGAGCAUCAUCUAUCGUGGUUCAGAGAACUACAUCAGCAGCCUGGGCUGGGACUUAGGACAGUUUGAGGAAGACAUGGUGGAGAUCUGUCUGAAGCUGCUGGAUGUCAAUCCCAAGUGUCUGAGGGACGCUUCGCAAGACUACUCCGCCCGCUGCAACCCCAUCUACGUCAGCCGGGUGGUCAGCGCCAUGAUAAACUGCAACGAUGACCGCGGGGUGCUGAUGGGAAACUGGAGCAACUCGUUUGCCGGAGGGGUCAGCCCCACCCAAUGGAACGGCAGUGUGGACAUCCUGCGACGCUGGCGGAAGUUUGACUGCAACCCUGUCAAGUACGGGCAGUGCUGGGUGUACGCCGGCGUCAUGUGCACAGUGUUGAGAUGUCUGGGGAUCCCGUGUCGAAUCGUCACCAACUUCCAGUCGGCCCAUGACACGGAUGGCAGCCUGACAGUGGAUGAGUUCUACGGAGACUAUGGAGUCUUGGAGAAGGAGGGCAGAGACAGUGUCUGGAACUUCCAUGUGUGGGUGGAAGCCUGGAUGAAGCGUCCCGACUUGUCAGAUGACUCUGUGUACGACGGCUGGCAGGUGCUGGACCCCACCCCUCAGGAGAAGAGCAGUGGCGUGUACUGCUGUGGCCCCACCCCGGUCAAGGCCAUCCUCCUGGGCCACACCAACGUGCUGUAUGACGCCCCUUUCGUGUUCGCCGAGGUCAACGCCGACCUCGUGACGUGGCUGGUGGCGAGAGAUGGUUCCAAGAAGAGGAUCUACUCAGACACCGGCUCCGUGGGACAGAACAUCAGCACCAAGAGCGUGGGCAGUGACAAGAGACAGAACAUCACUGACAACUACAAAUACAGAGAGGGCAGCAAGGACGAGAGAGACUCUUUCAAUCGGGCUGUGAGCGGCGGCCUCAAGCUCAAGAAGGAGGACAAGGAGGCGGGCGAACCUACCGAGACACCCGCAGGAACGCCCAACGCACCCACCACCAGACCCACCCCCGCACUCACCACCGGAAACACCAUCUCAAACACCAAUGGAACGUCUAACGGGUCCGUGGCUCCGGGCGCCGUGGAGAUGAAGGUCUUGGUGGAGGACAAGCCCCUGAGCGGGGCCGACAUCAGGCUGAAGCUGGUGGUGCGGAGCCUGUCUGGCGCCCCCUGCAGUCUGCUGCUGCACAUCAACGUCCAGGCCAUGAAGUACACCGGCACCCCCGCCUCUCAGGUGCAGACGGAGGAGAAGCAGCUCCAGCUGGCCCCUGGGCAAGAGCUAACUGUUCCCAUCCUGAUCCCGUUUUCCGUGUACGGAGAACACAUGUUGGAGAACAACAGUCUGAUGGUGUCGGCCUUGGCUACGGACCAGAAGAACCCAAAGAACGUUUACCUGACGGAGAUGAAGAUCAUUCCGAAAGACCCAAUCCUCACCAUCACUAGCGUGGGCCCAGCACAGCAGUACCGUGAGCUGAUGGCAGAGGUGGUGUUCAUGAACCCCCUGGAUGAAGCUCUGACAGACUGCACCAUCACGGUGACAGGCAGCGGAGUUCUGGAGAGCUCUUUGGAGGCCAGGUUGGCCUUGUUGCUCCCAGGUCACCGUGUCCGCGUGCAGGUGCCCCUGAAGCCGUACAGGUCGGGGCAGAAGAAGCUGGUGGCUAACUUCAACUGCAACUCCUUCAGGAACAUCAAGGCUAGCUGCAACGUCAACGUAGCUCCUUACAAUCACUUCGGCUACAGCUUUGGCCGCCUUGCCUGAGACUGGCCUCACCCC